GCUCGUUCGGUUUGGCCAGGCCACCAGGAUGUGUUCACCUGUGACCGAAGCAGUGUUCACUGUUCGGCGUUCAGCUACACUGAUUCUUGGCCCCUCCGAUCGAAUUUCGUCGUCGGGUCGUCUGUAAUUUGAAGCUGUUUCAGUUUUAAGCUCACUAAUGUCGGAAUCUUUCAUGCGCUGCGCGGACACCGACAGCGUAGAAGCCGAACGAUGACCAUGGACUUCGAAGCGUGAAACUUUUGAAAGAGUCGCAAUCGAGGAAAAGCAGGAUGACAGCCCUGCAGCGAGCGGUUAAAUCCAUCCACACAGCCGUCGGUGCCCCACGCCUCUCUAAAUUCUCUCUCCACGCUCCGAAAUGUGUGGAGGUGGAAUUCACCAAUGGUAGCACAUUUAGGUUGUCUGCUGAGUUCCUCAGAAUUUGCAGUCCUGCUGCAGAUGGCAAGAUGAGGUCUAUAGGUGGUGAAAAGGUAAUAUUUGGACGUCGUCAUGUUGGAAUUAUGAAAGUUGAACCUAUAGGAAACUACGGGGUGAGGAUAAUUUUUGAUGACUUGCAUAAAACUGGGAUCUAUACAUGGGACUAUUUUUAUCAUCUUGGAAGCAACAAAUUUGCUCUCAUGAGGGAAUACAUUAAUACACUGAAGAAGCAUGGACUUAGCCGGGAUCCUUCCAGAAGAAAAUGAUAGCGACUUAUCUUCCGUGGUUGUAACUGGUAGUUUUCAUGGAAUAAUGUUCGGCUGGUGGAAAAAGUAAUUUCGGCAAGGGACAAGGUUAACUCUUUGAUUACUUGCAUGCGCUGCUCAAGAGUCACAGCUGAUUGCUUGAAAGUGGAAUUGGAAAUUUAUUAUUUAGACAGUUGAAGAUUGUAAUUUCAGGUUUCUGUUGGGCUUUAGUCUUCACAGAUGGGGUAUCUGAAAUGGGUUCUUUCAGCUUGUGCUUCUCUGGCUUCUUGGUUGGUGUUGUAUUGACGAUUUGAAGGUCUUCUCUUCUGAUUCGAGGAAAAAUCUCCCAGUUCUGAAUUUUGGAAAGAAGGCUUGAUAAUUGUUUUGAUUCAGUAUGAUU